AUGUGUUCUGAAGGCGAACAUGCUUCAGUUAUCGGUGAUAUGUCAAAGUGGCCUGCAAAACCUGUGAGCGAUUUUUGCAAAAGAAUUUUAAUAACAUGCACAGGAAUGUCUGAGUUUCCUAGAGAUCGUAAAUAUCCAAACCUCUUGUUAUUGAAGCUUAUGAAUGGAGAGAAGUCGUUUCCUGAAGACUUUUAUCAAGAAAUGGAGAAACUUGAAGUAAUAGUGUAUGAAAGAAUGACGUAUCCAUUGAUUCCCAUAUCACAAUAUUCGAGUAAUCUUCGAAUGCUAAGUAUCCAUGAAUGCCCAUUUAUGUUUGAUUGCUCUCCUGUUGGUGAUCUUUUGAACUUGGAAUUGCUUCRUUUUUCCUAUUGCAAAAUAGAAAAGUUACCAUCCACAAUUGGAAAUUUGAAGGAGCUAAAGUUACUUGAGUUCACAGGCUGUAGUAAUCUUUGUAUUCAUGAUGGUGUCUUGAAAAGUUUGGUCAAACUUGAAGAGCUUUACAUGCGUGGGGUUAGACGACAUGCUGAUGGUGAUGAAUUAGUGGAGUGUUMAAAAAACCUUGAUGCAAUAGAAAUUGAGUUUUUUGGUGAUAAUGCUUUGCCAAAGAAUAUGUCAUUUGGGAAACUUGAAUGGUUCCAGAUCUCUUUGGGAUGCUCUUUAGAUGAUUAUGAUCUCCAAAACAAAGAUUCACUCGAAAACACAUUAUGUUUGGUGACCAACAAAUGUGAACUUUUGGAUUCUAGGGUGAAUGAUUUGUUUGGAAAAACAAAGGUGCUUSWUUUACAAGUGGAUGGUAUAAAUGAUCUUGGAGAUUGUUUAGGGGAAUCCUUGCAUCGUUUUGGAUGCCCAUUUUUCAGUUUAAAAGUCCUUCAUAUUUGURAGUGUGCACAUUUGAGAUACCUCUUCACAGUCCAUGUGGCAAAUGGUCUGAAUCAGCUUGAGCACCUCAAAAUUAUCAAGUGCCCUGCAUUGGAAACACUUAUAGAUGAUGAGAAUUGUGAAGUUGAGGUCAUUAAAUUUCCAGCUCUAAAGUUUCUAUUUUUGAUUAAUCUACCAACGCUAAUGAGUUUGGGCAAGCUGGGUGGCAACGUUAUUGAGUUCCCACAACUGGAAGAAUUGGAACUUGAUAACCUUCCAAAUUUCACUAGCAUUUAUCAAGAUUUUCUAAAGAAAGAGGUUAUGAGUUCUAAGUUGAAGGAUUUGACAAUUAUGAAGAUGAAGAAGUUGAAGGAGAUAUGGCCAAGUCAAUAUUUGAGUAGUAACGAKGUUAGUCAAUUGAGAAAGAUUCAAGUGAAAAAAUGUGAUAGUCUUGUGAACUUGUUUCCAAGCAAUCCAAUGUCGUUGUUGUAUCAUCUGGAACAACUUAGAGUUUCCGAAUGUGGUUCCAUUGAUGUGUUAUUCAACAUUGACUUGGGAUCAUGUGUUGGCGAAAUUGAGCAAGGGAACAACAACUUGAGAUCUAUUACAGCAAUUGAAUUAAGGAAACUUAGAGAGGUUUGGAGGGUGAAAGGAGUAGUCAACUCUAGUCUCCCCAUUCUUGGCUUUCAAAGUGUUGAAUGCAUAGUGAUAAGAGAAUGCAAGAUGUUAAGAAAUGUAUUCACACCUACCACCUCAAAUUUUGACAUGAGGGCACUUAAGGAGAUUACUAUAGAUGACAUUGAUGGUUGGGGAGAAAAUAAAAGCAACAAUGAAGAGGUGGAGGUGGUGUUUAAGGUAGAGAGUUCAAGUUGUAGAAAGUUGGCAACAACUCAGAAUAAUCACCAACCACAACUUCCCCCUCACCUCAAGGAUCUGGAAUUACGUGGUCUGAAGAGGAUGACUCAUGUGUGGAAGUACGAUUGGAACCAAUUCUUUGUUUCUCAACUAGAACCAAAAUCUUCUUCAUUCAUUAAUAUCACGAGGAUAACCCUUGGAUCAUGUGACCGUAUAAAGUACUUAUUCUCUCCUCUCAUGGCCAAACUUCUAUCCAACUUAAUUCGCAUCACAAUAUGGUCGUGUGAUGCUAUGGAAGAGGUUGUUUCUAACAUAGACGAUAAAUAUGAAGAAAUGGCUACGUCUAUAUCUUGCCACACAAAUACCACUUUCUUCCCGCGUUUAGAAAAUCUUGAACUUGGUUAUUUACCAUGUCUAAAGCGUAUCAAUGGUGUUGGUAACAGCUGCRGGGGCAAGAAACUYUUGACUUCCACURUUAUUGCUUCUUCUGUUUAUGAUAAAUUMCAGUGUUAUCAAGUUGGUGGAGCAUAUUGGUCCUCUUGCCAAUACGCGAAAACAAUACAUAUACAGAAAUGUGAUGMCUUGUUAACUCUGAUCCCAUCCCAUGCKGUUGGACAUAUGCCAAAGCUUGAAAAGUUGCUGGUAGUAUCGUGCACAUCAAUGAGGCAGAUAUUUGAAAUUGAAGGGGUCAACGAGGACGUUGGUGACAAUGCUAAUAUUGGUGAAGGAARUGGUGAYACGGUUACAAUCCYAACGCCRAUAAAUAUGACUUCACUUGAAUUGCCCAAUCUAAAAACMUUGUAUAUUGYCGGAUGCCACAGUUUGAAAUAUAUAUUCAYGACUUCUGUACUUGAGAGCCUUAAGAAACUCCAAGAGUUGGAGAUACGUGAUUGCUCUGCAAUACAAGUGAUUGUGAAGCAGGAAGACAAUGGAGAGCACAUAUUAGGAUUGGAAGAUGUGGUCUUCCCUCGUCUUACGACCCUUACAUUAGUUGGUUUACCAAAUCUCAAGGGGUUCUUCUUGGAGAAGAAUGACUUCCAUUGGCCAUUAUUGGAUAAGGUUGAGAUCUACCGUUGUCCGCAAAUGAUGAUUUUCACUUCUGGUCGCUCGAUGGCUUCGAAACUGAAAUACAUACAUACAGGUGUAGGCAAACAUAGUCUUGAAUGUGGCCUCAACUUUGAUUGGACUAAUGCACCACAUGAGGGUCAACUCUGUAAGUCAAGUACCUGCUCGACUGGUGCAGAUAUAAUAGAGUUACUUCAAUUCCCUUGGUCUUUUUCCAACUUAGUYGAAGUAGAUAUAAAUUAUUUUCACAGUAAAGCAAUAUUUCCAAGCCAUGAGUUGUUUAGCGUAGAAAAUGUUGGAGAUAUUGAAGAAGCAGAAAAGGUAGUUGAAGUAGUARAAGGGACAAAUGGUGAAACACAAUCUGCARAUGAUGUGAUACUAAUUUCCAAGAAAAAACAAGUUAUAUCGAAGAGUAAUUGGUGGAUACCAUCCAAACUUUCAAAUCUCACAAGAGUAUCACUUUUCUAUUGUACAAAUCUGGAACAUGUUUUCUCUCUUGGCAUGGCUGCUAGUUUAGUCCAACUGCAACACCUAAAUAUAGUGUUAUGCACCAAUUUGAAGGUAAUUGUGGAGGCAGUGCGAGAUUCCACUAACGAGGUGGUUUCCUUCCCUUGUCUAAAAUCCUUACAACUUACUAAACUUCUAAGAUUGGAGGGAUUUUGCUUGGGGAGUGAUMAGGCUUUUCAAUGGCCAUCAUUAGAUACUUUGAUAAUAGAAACAUGUCCAAGAAUGACAGUUUUCACCAAGGGACAGUCUACUAYUCCAAAGCUAGAGGUAAUAGGAACAGAUUUUGGAUGGUGURAGGCAAUGGAUGACAUCAACUCCUUUGUAAGGGAAAAAAUACAACAGAGAAAGAUUGAUCGAGGUUGCAACUGCGUGUACUUUGGAUAUGCAAUCAUAUUGUUCUGUGUUUCUCCUGCUUAUGGAUGCAAAUGUCAUGUGGUUAUCCCAGAUGAUGCUGCAAUCGAGAAGAAGUCAUUGAGUGAUUUUGAGGUUAUGUGGGGUAAAACAGGGCUAGAACACAGUGCUUGGAUAUUUGAAGCUUGUUUGGUGCUUCUGGAAGGUAUCUUAGUGUGCAAACAUGAGAUUGGUAACGGUAAAAGCUCGAUUGAGAUUCCUCUAUACUGUCGUUCGGUUUCGGAUCCGAAUUCCGUUGGUUUUGUUUUUUUGGUUUCUUUGUUAUUCCGGGAGUACGGGUACUACUUUGUGUGUAUGACAUCGUUGAUAAGAUUAGAUUCUCAUAAAUUGAUCAUUGGAAUCGUUAUUGUUGAUUUAUUAUGCUUUAUGUGGGAUGGGGGAGUCGGGAAGACCAUAAUGGUGCAAAAGCUAAAGAAAGUUGUAAGUGAAAAGAAGUUGUUUGAUUUUAUUAUUGAGGCUGUUAUAGGGGAAAAGAUGGAGGUGCUUCUAAUUCAGCAAGCUAUAGUAGACUUCCUGAGUUUAGAUCUAAAAGAAACCACUGCAGCAGCUAGAGCUAUUAAGCUUCGUAAAAGUUUCGAGGCCCGUUCUGAUGGUGGUAAGAAGAAGUUCCUAAUACUAGUAGAUGAUGUAUGGCAGUUCGUUGAUCUGAAUGAUAUCGGGUUUAAGUCCAUUGCCAAAUCAAGGUAUCGAUUUUAA